AUGGAGCUCUGCCUGCCCACCUGGAAAGCUUAUGUUGCUGCGGCAGUUCUCUGCUACAUCAACCUCCUGAAUUACAUGAACUGGUUCAUUAUUGCAGGAGUGCUACAGGACGUGCAGAAGUUUUUCCACAUCCAUGACAGCAGUGCUGGUUUGCUGCAGACGGUCUUCAUCGGCUGCCUCCUGCUGUCCGCGCCUGUGUUUGGCUACCUGGGUGACCGUCACAGCCGCAAGGCCAUCCUGAGCUUCGGGCUCCUGCUCUGGUCUGGGGCAGGCCUUGCCAGCUCCUUCAUCUCCCCCCAGCACUCCUGGCUCUUCUUCCUGUCCCGGGGCAUUGUGGGCACCGGCACGGCCAGCUUCUCUACCAUAGCCCCCACUGUCCUGGGCGACCUCUUCGUGAAGGACCAGCGGACCCGGGUGCUGGCUGUCUUCUACAUCUUCAUCCCAGUUGGAAGUGGUCUGGGCUACGUGCUGGGGUCGGCCAUGACGAAACUGACUGGGGACUGGCAUUGGGCCCUCCGAACCACACCCUGCCUGGAAGCCAUAGCCUUUGUCCUGUUGAUUGGGCUUGUGCCAGACCCGCCCCAGGGGGCAUCUGAGAAGCAGGAGGAGGUGGUCGUCGGGGGCCUGAGGAGCAGCUGGUUUCAAGAUGUCAGAUACCUGGCAAGAAACUGGAGUUUCGUGUGGUCCACCCUGGGCGUGACAGCCAUGGCCUUUGUGACUGGUGCUCUGGGCUUCUGGGCCCCCAAGUUUCUGUUCGAGGCACGUGUGGUACAUGGGCUGCAACUGCCCUGCAUCCAGGAGCCAUGCGACAGCCAAGACAGCCUGAUUUUUGGAGCGCUGACUGUUGUGACGGGCAUCUUUGGGGUCGUCCUAGGGGCAGAGGCUUCAAGGAGAUACAAGAAAGUCAACCCCAGGGCCGAGCCCCUCCUCUGUGCCUCCAGUCUGCUGGCUGCGGCCCCCUGCCUCUACCUGGCGCUCAUCCUGGCCCCCACCACGCUCUGGGCCUCCUAUGUGUUCCUGGUUCUCGGGGAGCUGCUCCUGUCCUGCAACUGGGCGGUGGUGGCUGACAUCCUCCUGUCCGUGGUUGUGCCCCAGUGCCGGGGGACCGCAGAGGCACUUCAGAUCACAGUGGGCCACAUCCUGGGAGACGCUGGCAGCCCCUACCUCACAGGACUGAUCUCCAGCGCCCUGCGGACCAGCCGGCCAGACACCUACCUACAGCGCUUCCUCAGCCUGCAGCAGAGUUUCCUGUGCUGCACCUUCAUCAUCACCUUGGGAGGAGGCUGCUUCCUGCUGACGGCCCUGCACCUGGAGAGGGACCAGGUCCAGGCCUGGCACCCUGACACAGGAACUCCAGCCGGCAAAAACUCAGAGCGCCAAGGUCUGCUUUCCAGCGAGGCUGCCUCUGCAACAGGCCCCUGAGCCCCACCCA